AUGGCCCGUGGAGGUCGAAAAUGUAAGCGCACUGCCAAUGGAUUGAGAGAUGAACCAAUUGAGCAACCUCCCUCAUGUCAUGAAACAAGGCAGCAGCCUCCACUUGGAACAAGCCAUGAAAAUGUAAUUGAACAAGUUCAAGGAGAAGCUGCUCGGGCACCUCAAUCUCCAAUCCAGAAUUCUACAUUGGGAAUAAUGCAUGAAUCAGGUGACCAAGUUACUCAACAAGCUGAUGGAGGUUCACAGUCGCAUGAGCAGUGCCAGAACUCUCCAAUUCAACAAUCUCCACUUGGAACAAGGCACGUACCAACUGAAAAAAAUCCAAAUCAGGAUUCUCAAGGUCAACAUUCCAAUGACACCACCUUCAUGUCAUGCAACUCGGACGAUGCAGGAAAAGAAACUACAAAUGAUUCAAGUGAAGUACAUCAGAAAACCCGAGGCCCUACAUUUAUGAAAGAAAUUUGGGGUCGGCCUAAGGACCUUCCACGGAUUGAGAUUAAACUCGAUGACAAUGGGAUCCCAAUAAGUGAGAAAACCUCUUUCUCUAAAUUCUUGGGCAGUUUGGCUAGGAAUGGUAUGUAUUGUCCAAUAGAUGUUGAAAGUUGGCUUAAGAUGCCAAGGAAACUUAAAAUGGACAUGUUAGAAGUGAUAAAGGAAAGGUUUGCUUUGCCUAUGGGACUAGAAGCUUGGACCUUAAGAUCUAUUGGCAAAAAAUGGAGAAGCUGGAAGGCAGAUUUAAAGGCUACAUAUUUUGAUCCUGCCGUGCCAAAUGCUGAAGCUCGGUUUCAAAAGGACAUAAGGGUACGGGAAGAGCAAUGGAUCAAACUUUGGGCUUAUUGGAAAAGUAAAGAAGCAAAG